GUCCUGUAGAAUAACGCUUACAAUGAGGGUGGCGAGUCCCCCGAACGUAAUUGUGAAAGGCUCAAACAGGAAAAUACAGGGCAACAUGAAGCGUUUCUGGUAGGAUUCCAAAUAAUUCCCCAGCACAAACCGGAAUGCGAAUAUUAUGUCUCAUCUAUAGACAGCAGCGGCUGGGAGCUGAAGUGCUCGGGACCCACCUAUUACCUGCUGCAGAACUACUAACACCAUUCGCUUUAAAACCAAAAGUGGAACUAGUCACGGCGUUUUCUGGGCGGAGGGUGAGAUCCUCAGCACAGCGUCUCCAGUCACCCAGAGCAACAACAGUCACAGAAGUUAGCUGUUCCGAUCUUCUUUGGCUGUCCUGGUUUCUCCCCACCUACAAAUGUCUACUCAUAAAAAAAGCACCUUUCCUUCUCUCUUGGAUGCAUAUCUUCCACCUCAACACAAGAAACAGUAUGGCAGAGGUGAAAAGAGCAGACUUCAAAAGGCUGGCAAGCCAGGUAAGCUUGAAAAACGUGACUCAUUGAAUGAGGAUGAAGAAGAGCUGAAAAUAAAAGCAAUGAAGAAGGCCCUGCAGGAACAGCGCCAUCUGGAGGUUUACAAGAAUGUGUACAAGUUGUGUAAUGUCAUGCGUUUACAAUACAUGGACCUACUAAACAAGAAAGUUCAACAGCAGCGCCAUGUAAUUAAACAGCGAGACCUUCUGUUCCAGCGUAAUACAGACGAGCAGAAGAGGCAGAAUACUUCGAGGCAGAUAUUUGGUCAGCAGUCAGAAUGCGCCCAGCUCUGCCAUGAAAUUAAAUACCUCAAGUCCAUUCCAAAGUCACAUUUUUACAUGAUUGUAGAGCUGCAGGACCAACUGGCCAAGAAUGGAAUUUUGAAAAACCAAGGAGAUUAUGAAGAAUUCUGGCGCCUCUUAAAACAACCGCCACGUGCUUCACCAUUUGAAGCAAAACUCCAGGACAUAAAGCUAAAAAUGAAUAGGUCACCACCUCAUGUCAACAAGAGAUUCGGACAAGAUCUAGCAAGAAAUCCAUGUGUAGCAAGAAAGACAAAGAAUCAUACCCCAGCUACUGGGCUUCCAGGAUUAUCCAGGUUCCAGCACAUAAAUUAUCUUGGGAGCAAACAAAGGAAAGUGCAGGAAGAAACUGAGCAAAUGUUUCCCAAGAUGAAAACCCUUAAAAUGGCGCAGGAGAAUCCUCACCACAUCGAACUGCAUCUUGACAAGCUAUACCAGAUGUAUAGGCGCUCUUUUGCUAACAUGGUGGAAGCCCAACGACUGCUGGAGAGAAGUGGCCACUUCAUGGAAUUUGAAGAGCCCAGCAUUCAAGAUUUUGUAUUUUGUCAAGAGGCUGUUGGAAUGGAUAAGGUUACCCAAAGCGAAACAAGAAGGAUUGACCCUUUCCUAACCCUCAAUGCUGCUCACCUGUGUGAGGAACCAAAUUCAACAUAUAUUGAAGUGUCUGAAAAACAGGAUGAAAUUUCUGGAGGAAUGAAUGCUGAAGCUGCAAACCAUGAACUCAAUGAGCAAAGCCAGAGCCAUGUUUCUCCAGAUUCUAUGAAUGUUUACGUGCCUUUGAAUAUUGAAGACAUUCUUUCGAACAACUAUAUUUUGGUGAGUGUAUUUGGUUGCAGUGCUUAUAAAUAA